ACGACAAGAUGCGCGCUUUGAUUGUUUUGUGCUUGGUGGCAGCCGCUAGUGCCGGACGCUUGGGCUACAAUUACGGAGCCGGCAGCACAUCUGAAAUUGGAUCAGGUGGCAAUGAUGGCUUUAGCAGUGGCAUUGGACCUGGAUCUAUCUCCACUGGUCUUGGUGGUCCAGUGAGCUACGAUGCUGCCCCACAAGCUGGUGUAAACAAGGAGUUCUUCUCUUUCUAUGCCAACGAGGCUGACUUUGAGGAUCCCGAUGCAGCUCGCAAGAUUGCCGCCUCAGUGCAAAAGAACGUUCGCGUCAUAUUCAUUAAGGGUCCCGAGAACCGUGGAUACGAGAACGCCGUUCUGGCUUUGGCCAAACAGGCUGCCGAGCAGCAGACAGCUAUCUAUCUUCUUCACAGGCAACCCGACCUCAAUGAGCUGGCCAACAAGUUCAACGCCGUGCGCCAGAAUGCCAACGCUAAACCCGAGGUACACUUCGUCAAGUAUCGCACCCCCGAGGAUGCUGCGAACGCUCAGCGUGCCAUCCAGAGCCAAUACGACUCACUUGGAGGCACCAGCCAGAACAUCAAUGGUGGUGUUGCCAACGCUCUGAACUUCGCCUCCCGCUCCACAGCUCCUGUGCGCCCUGGACAGAUCCAGCAGCCAGACAGCAACUACCUGCCAUCCUCGAUCUUGCGUCGCCUGCGCCUCAAGAAGUAAUUAGUCACUUCGAACAAUAAUUAGUUAAAUAUAAAAUGUUGAUCAAUACACAAAUAUAAA